GCUGUUCUCAGAGUGAGCAGGAGCCGAGAGGCUAGAGAAGCAGCAGCAGCGGCGGCGGCGGGCGGCGUGGAGGGCUGGUUUACAAGCCCCGCACACGGGGCAGCUGCGUGGUGCAGCCUGCAGGGCUUUGAUCAGCUGUAGCCUGGUGAACACGGGACUCUGAGUCGCCUUUUCCCCCCCUUCCCAGGCAGGGGGUGGGAGGCCGAAGCCGCUCUGGUUCUGACUUAAAGAUCCCUUGGCAGGAAGGUGCUGCCAGGCUGCUGCAGGAGGAUGCGAGCUGAGGGCAGCAGCAGAGUCGAGGAAGAGCAGCUGCUGCAGCUACCUGUGUGGCCUGGGCUGCCGCGGCAGAGACCUGCUGGCGGCAUCAUCAUGUGAAUAUUUAUUACCCGGUUGGGGUCUUCGCUCGCGGUAAUCGAAUGGGAGGUUUGCUUCGGGGAAGGUUAUUUUUCCCCCCUGCGGAAGCUUUUCUGGGGCUCGUGCGGCGAUCGGGGCAGCUGUGGAGCGGACCAGAUCUAACUGGCUUUACCCAGACAAUGAUCCCAAAGACUAUAUGAUAAUUGCUGGUGGCUGAGAGAGAGAGAAGGCAUUUUGGGGACUGUAUUGAAGCAGAACAGGGGAGCAGGAGGGUGAAAUCAUCCUGCCUGCUCCUCCAGCAGUGGCAGCUCUGCAACCGGUGUGUGCAGUGCAUUUUCAGCAGUAGCAAAAUACUAGUUUGCAGGAAGCAGCCAGUUCAACAGCAGGACCUGAGGUACUCCAGAGACAAGAGAAGAAGCAGCACCAGCAUGGAUAAGGACAGCAUGAGCCUAGCUGACCAGCAGUAUGAAUGUGUGGCUGAGAUUGGUGAAGGAGCCUAUGGGAAGGUAUUCAAGGCCCGAGACUUGAAGCAUGGAGGUCGUUUUGUAGCCUUGAAGCGCGUACGGGUGCAGACAAGCGAGGAGGGAAUGCCACUCUCCACCAUCCGUGAGGUGGCAGUAUUGAGGCACCUGGAGACCUUUGAGCACCCCAAUGUGGUCAGGUUAUUUGAUGUAUGCACAGUGUCACGAACAGACAGAGAGACCAAACUAACACUAGUGUUUGAACAUGUCGAUCAAGACUUGACCACUUACUUGGAUAAAGUUCCGGAGCCUGGAGUGCCUACGGAAACUAUAAAGGACAUGAUGCUUCAGCUGUUGCGAGGGCUGGAUUUUCUGCAUUCACACCGAGUGGUGCACCGUGAUCUGAAACCACAAAAUAUCCUCGUGACGAGCAGUGGGCAGAUAAAAUUAGCUGACUUUGGCCUUGCACGAAUCUACAGUUUUCAGAUGGCUCUUACCUCAGUGGUUGUCACUCUGUGGUACAGAGCUCCUGAAGUUUUGCUUCAAUCCAGUUAUGCAACACCAGUUGAUCUCUGGAGUGUUGGCUGCAUAUUUGCAGAAAUGUUCCGUCGGAAGCCACUUUUUCGUGGAAAUUCAGAUGUUGAUCAGCUAGGAAAAAUCUUCGAUGUCAUUGGGCUCCCGGAAGAAGAAGACUGGCCUAGUGAUGUUGCCCUUCCAAGACAUGCUUUCAAUUCCAGACCCCCACAACCCAUUGAAAAUUUUGUACCAGAUAUCGAUGAACUAGGCAAGGACUUACUUCUUAAAUGUUUAGCGUUCAAUCCCACCAAGAGGAUAUCUGCCUAUGUUGCCCUGUCUCACCCUUAUUUCCAUGAUCUGGAGAAAUGCAAGGAGAAUCUGGACUCCCACAUGUCAACCAGCCAAAACUCCAAUGAGGUGAAUAAAUCAUAAGACUCAUUGAAGCAGAACCUAGAAAUGAACACGAUGUGUAGCUGACAAAGGUCACUAUCCCUAGCCGUUCUACUGAAGAUCAUUAUUUGGAGGUUUUACACAUCUGUCUGCUUCUUCAGGAUGGUGAUGUGCUCCAAGGAAACCAACCUGGUUUACUUUCAUCAAAGCAAUGCAAGAACCAGGGAUUUCACCUGCUCCCAUUGCAGCUUUAUGUGUGUGUGUGUUUGUUUUGUUUAACUACCUGGGAAAACUCCAGAUGAAGAGAAGCUGCUGACCAGUUUUGCUGCCAUUUUAUUCUUCUCAUAUUGAAUGCUGCCAGUGUUCCAGUCACUGCCAAAACAUGACGCAAUCUCUCCCUCUAGCUGCUGAAGCCUGAUCUGGUAUUUUUUAAUUGUUAUUUUGGGAUCUCUUAAAGUGAUAUUUAAAAGAAAUGGCAUUGAAAUAUUGGAUCUCUACAACCCGCAAAUAAUUGAUAAGUACAUGAAUGCGUCUAGUUACUAUUGGUAACAUACAAGGAGGUGCUUCCCCAGUUGAAAACUUGGACAAAUAAUUUUAUUAUUUCAUUACUGUCCAUAAAAAUAAUGAUGAUGAUAAACUGAAUCAAUUUUUAGUUUUUUUAAUAUACAAAUGAAUUAUUAACUAGAUGAGUUUAUGUGCAUGUCGCAAAAAUAAGUUUAAAAAAAACUUUUAGGAACUUACUCUCUAAAGACUCUACUCUCCAAAAAUAUUGUAUGUGUUGUUUGAAUCAGUCACUGAAGUCUAACUUUUUAUUUCUUUCUCAAAACAAUUGCAAGCAUAUGUUCCAUGAUCUAGUACAGAAGUUUAUAAUAUGUAGAUCAAAGAGGUAGAUAGAGCUGAUGAAAAUCAAAACAGGGUUUCCCAUUGUAAUAUAUACUUAUUAGCAACCAAAAAGUAACUUGGAAAAAUGUUUCCUGUUUUAGAAGCAGAGAAUUCUUUGAUUACAGAGAAGAACACUUAUGCAUACGUGCUAUAUUGGAUGGAAUAUACUGCGCUGCUUUACCUGUAACACACAACUUAUACAACACAGUGCAUGAACAUUACUCAUAUUUCAUUUACUAGCAGAUUUUUUUUCUGUGCAGAAAUGCAUGAGCAUCCCUCCUAACCCACCAUGUGGGUAUAUUGGCACACCAUAUUUCUCACUGUGCUAGCAGUAAUGUGCCAUAAUUGAAAGUCAAUAUAACUAAACAAUUCACAUAACUUUUUAGCAGUUAUUUUAAAUUACAUUUUUAUAUUUAGUAUUUUUACCUUAACUAAAAUAUAUUUUCAUUAUUUUUAAAAGAAACUUUUAUUUUUUUAGUACUGUGCGGAAAAAGUAAAUAUUUUAAAUACAUAAAGUAAAGGCUUUUCCCUAACCUAAACUUCAGUGCAUUUGCCUGGAUAUAACUCAAGGGAACAUUUGGCCCAGUGAGUUAACCCCUGCCAUAAAGGUAGAUUAGGCACUACUGCAAUAUAAAUAAUAAUACACACAGCAGCUACCAUUGCUUACUCCUGUGAUGGUCCUUCAUAAGCUAUCCUACUUCUCUUGCCUCUGCUUCAUCUGUUCUAGCUACUGAGCCAGUAUCUAUAUCCUCACUCACAGCAUGCUUGGCAGUGCCAAGCUGAGCAAUAUAUAUUUUUCCAGCUAUGGCAUGGAGGCAUGUGGCUGUCUCCCAGGCAGGUUCCUCGGUUAUGUGGCAAACUUCACCAUUAGCUCUGAGCUGUUUAGCACUUAGGCUGCUGCCAAGAUAGUGAGUGGUUUUAUCUACCUUGUGUGAAGGCAUUUCUUUUCUGUUACACACCUAACAAUGAGACUUGGGUUAAAUUACUUCCAUGCUAUGUAGGCCAAAUUGUCAAAGGACCAGUUGCACAUGCGCAGUGGCACCUGUCGGGUCUGUUCAAAGAUCUACAGCAUGAACAGGCAGGCUGUAAAUUAGGCUGAACAAGAUUGCAUCCAAGGCAUGUGUGCACAGAGUCUGGACGCUUGCACAGCACAAGACUUUUCCAAGGUGCUCAAUGUGCCAGGCUGAAGGCCAGUGGGUAGCCAAGGCACCACUCAGCUGGUCUUGGCUCUGCCCUGUUCCCUCUCCCUCAGUGUCUAGGCCCAAGGAUAAAUGAGGUAUCACUCGGUGGGUCUCGGCUCUACCCCAUGCCCCGUGGUCUUAGUUUCUGCAGCCCAGAGAGGGCUGAGGGUGCCGCCUGGGUGGUCUUAAAAGGUGGAUCAUAGUGCAAUUAAAUUAACCACAAUUUCUAUUAAUAAUUUUAAAACAGUUAUUUAAAACAGAAAAAAAAAUCCAGGCCAACCUUGCAAAAUUAACAAAUGGGGAAAAGGUUACUGCACAAUUUAGCAAUUUUUAAAACAUUCCACAUUUUAUCUAGCACCAAACUAUUGUACGUACUUCUUCAGGGCACUUAGCUGGCAUCACCCUCUAACAGCUGCCUGAGGACUAUCUCCUGGACACUGCAGCUCUGCAAGCGGUAUAAAGGAGGGAAAACAUUCGUUGUUUUUAAAAUCAUGCUAAAAAACCGAUGUACAGAGGUGCUAGCAAUUACUCUGAAGGAUGCUGUGUGAGAACCAGAACAGAGUAGAAUACAUCUACUCCAUGUUACACUCCAUCCCGUCCAAGCCCCAUUCCCAAACCCCCUCAGUGGAAAAAAUAUGCAGUUUACCCUUCUCAAGCACGCCAAGGCUGAUUGCUAUUCCCCAUUUCCUCUACUGACUAUGUGUGUCCCUUGGGUACUACUGCCAUGUGUGUAGUGAUAGGUGGGGAAGUGGGAAUUGGAUUUCAAAAGGGAGAUGCCCACUGGCACAAGUUCCCUCCUUCCCUGCCAUCACCACAGCAGUAAAGAAAACCAUUCACAUACACUGCAAAUGGGGCCGUUGCAUGUAGCCCUACUCGGCGUUGACUUUGGCCUGAGUGAGUGCAGCAGACUUGGGCGAACACAGCUAAAAAUUAUUGAACAACAAAAAUUAAAUUAAAAAAAAGUAAAAAUAGUUCUUUAUCUUCUGGAGCACCUCCAGCCAGGGUGUUCAUUACGGUAGAUGCCCAGAUGUUCUGAGCAGUGGAAAGGAGCAUCUCCCAUCUACUGUCCCACAUUAUAGUCAUUUGGUGUUGAGCAAAGCUAUAGACCAAAAGGAUCCUGCAUGAUUCUGCAGGCCGAGCAGACCCAACAACUGAAGAAACCACUAAGGUGAGGAUAGUGUAGUUUCAGGUGUACUUGCUUCUGUACUAUGAAAGUGUCUGCUUCCUCUGCUGAUUCCUUACUGGCUCUGGGUAGCCCCCUGAGACCAAUUUUUAGAAACUGAGCACCUGUUGGGCUGCACAUAUUUCACACUGACAUAUAGUAACAGGUCAUUAGCAUAUGCCAAUAUUAUAUUAACAUAUUCUAAUACUGUUGUGCAUCUAAAAGCACCCAGCACAAGAUAUGCCAAGCCAAAGGCAAAUAGAUGCAGCUGACUGGUUGACCCAAUGGCCUUCCCUCUGUCUCUCCACCCCCUUCCUCAUCCUCCUCAGAACAAACAGAUCCAGGAAAGCUGCCUGCUGCUAUCUCCCAUGGGAUCCCCUCCCCUCCCCCCAGCCUUCCUCUAUUUUCAGCUCCCACACAACUGGUCUUCUCUCACUGCUACUGCCAGUAGUUGCCUCUUUUGGCCCAGGAGCCAAGAGAGGGAUGAUUAGAUGGAACCUCCUCAUCCACCUCCCAGUUUACACCUGACUACACUAUGACAAUGACUAGCUUGUGGACACCUUUUUUGUCUUGCAUGCACCAAUCAAAAUUCUAAGCCCAGCUAUUUAUCUUUCAGCACACACAGCUGAUGCCCCCUUUGAAAAUCCAAGCUUGUUUCCUGCUUGUGCCCCAAAAUACACCAACAAACCAGGAUUUCUGCCUUCACAGGGUUUUGAAAAUUUGGUCCUACAUGCAUAGAGUCCUUUCACAGGAUCAUAAACAGUGGAUACGUUGCUCAAGCAUUUUCUGUGUGUUGGACACUAUCCAUAUCCUGGUCCUCAGGCUCAAUUUACACUUGAGUUUUCUGUAUGAAUAAACAGAAAAUUGUAUACCCUGUUACUUUGCACUGCUUCUAUACCAACUGUCUUUGAGAAGCAUGUUUUACUGUACAAGGGCUAAUUCUCUCAGCUGCUAGAUACAGUGCCCAUUUUAAUAUGUGGAAUAAACAGCAAAUAUGCCAUUCCAGUCAUGUAGCCAGCAAACCAGGAGCACUUAUCUGACUCACAGCUGAAAACAAAUCGGAUGAAUCAUAAAUCACAUGGUGUGGUUGAAAAGACCACAUAAAUUAAUUACGUUCCUAGUAUGAGUUGAAUUUGAAUAACGAAAUAGAUGUUUCUUCUGAAAAUUCUGUUCUUUACAACCACUUUGCUAGUGUUUUUCUGAUGUGAUAGUUUCAGGAAUAGAUGGAUUUUUGCUAGGCCUAUGAUGUGAUUUACACCAUAUAAACUGUAAGUGUGAAUCCUUCUCAUUUCAUACUUUUCUCCAUGAUUCAAAACUAUUAGUAAACUCUAGUAAAGCCCUUUGCCUAAAUCCCACUGACAGAGUAGUUAGAAUCAGGCUAAGGAUCUGAUCCUGUAGUCCUUAUAUAGGCAAAAGUCCAGUAUUUCUUUUAUAGCCUCCUUCUUUUGACUUCACCUGGAGUUUUGCAGGUGUAAUCAAGUCAGUAAUUAGCCUUUAAGGACCUACAUGUUCCAGUGUACUUAUUUUCACAGGUUUCGCUUUGGUGCAGCCAUGCCUUUCAGUAGACUGAGCAGGGAGACUGAAGAGCCUGUGUCAAAUUCACUGAGGUUCUAUGCUGGCUUCCUCCAGCACAGAACCCGUGGGAGCGUUCCUGGUGGCAGGAAGUCUACGCAGGCGAGUUGCAAGGACACAAGGCCUCAGUCACUUUCUCUUUGUCGAGUGGCCUGCAGCUAAGUAGCACGUUAUUGGCUGGGGAAGGAACGUGGUUAGGGCAGCCCCUAGGUAUCCCCCACCAGCAAAUUCCUGUUGACCUCCAGUCAAAAUUAAAGCUGCUGGCAAAAACUCUGAGAUACUGCUACCUGCCUUCUGCUGGAUGAAGCUCUUCUGGGGUGCAGUGGGGCAGGCUGGCACAGGGAGGUAUUGUUUGUACCUCCCUAUACCAUUGGGAAUUAAUUUGUUGCGUUAUCAUUUGAGGUGACAAAGCUUGAAUUGGUCACAAGCUGGGAAUCUAGCAUAUUUAUUUCUCUGCUACAAAACCUUCAGAAUGUCCUUGUCAACAUUAGCAUCUCUGCUUGAUGCUAACUUUCACUCUUGAUCUUAUAUAUGUAGAAGUUUGUCUUGAAAUCAGUGUAUUAGAAAAAAAAGUUCUAUUAAACUUUGGGGGGAACUUGAAAAUUAUUUUUUUACAUAUAAUAGCAAAUUAAAAUUUCUAUGCUGAAACAUACUAUUAACUUAACUAUAAGCAAGCUAUUAAUUUUUUUCCCACUUGGAUGCUUAAAAUCAGGAUACUAAAAACAAAACAUAUGGAGUGUUGCAGUCUUCCUUUGUUAAGGGAAAUAUUUUCAGAAACAGCAUCUCAAAUACUGGUGCAAUUUUGUUUUUGCACGUGCAUUUUCACACCCAAUUACUGUGCAAAUUAAAUUUUAGGCAUGCAAAAUUAUGCCCACAACUUUAAUAGCCUAAAUAGCUACUGACAUUCUUGUACCCUAUUCAUGCAGAUAAUUACCUUAUUUCUGUGAGUUAUUUAUUUUAUUAUAUCUCUGUAUACAUUUUGCAAAGCAAUAGUUGCAAAUUGCUAUUUAGUGCCAUUAAUCCAAUUCCCAUUUAUGGGUGUGAUUCUACAAUGUGCUGAUAACCCUCAAAUCCCAGUGCUUCACAUUAAUUAGGAGUUUUGCCAUUGAUUUAAGAGAGAGCUGAAUCAGGCCCUAAGAGAGAAGAUGACCCAAGGUGUGUAUAUAUUAACAAACACAUACUUUUGUCAUGUUUACCACUUACCUGUAGUUUAAAGCUUAGUAGACGUUGUAUACAAAUUACAAUGUAUGCACAGCACAAUAACAUAUGCAUACUAAAAACAAUAGAAUAACCAUAAAAACAUUGAGAAAUUCUGUCUCACUGAUUAAGUUCUUGCAGAAACCUGCUAAAGAAAUGGAUUCCUUUCUCUUUAAAAGUAACAAAUGUUUACAUGCCUAGACUUCGAACGUUGUCUAUUUUUCCAUAAAUGUAAUUUCUCCUUUUAAAAGACAGUUCUUUUUGAACCAAAACAACAUAAUCAUCAAUCUAAAACUGAAUCAAAUAGGGUCCUAAUCUCAGAAAUGGCCCUUCAAGAACCUACAUGCCCCCUCUGCUCUUAUUAUACUCAACGGCAGCUGAUGAUGUUCAGCACUUGAUAUGGUUGGACCCUUUGUGUGUUUUGCUGACAUAAGUGCCUGAGGCCUGGUCUGUACUUAAAACUUAGGUUGACAUAGCUACAGUGCUCAGGGGUGUGAAAAAUCCACACCUUGAGCACUGUCGCUAUGACAACUUAACCCCUGAUGUAGAUGGAGCUGUCAUUGCAUGAAUGCUUCCGUCAACCUAGUUACCAUCACUUGGGGAGGUGGAGUUCCUACAACAAUGGAAAAAAAACUUUCAUUGCUAUUAGCUGCAUCUAUACUAUGGGGUUAUAGCUAUGCCACUAUAGCCCCCAUAGUGUAGACAUAAUCUAAGCCUGCUCUGAGUGAAUUCAAUGGAAGAGUGGCUAUUGACUUCAACAGGGGCAGGCUUAGUCCCAUAAAUGUUUCUACAGUAAGCACAUGAGAGCAAAUCAUAUUUAUAGGUCUUUCAGUAAUGUGUUUGAGACAAUGUUCUAUAUCAAUAAAACUCUUGCAGUGGAUUGUAUGGCAUAUUUAUGAAUAGCAAAGGACAUUCCCAUCCAUCAUUAAAAGUAUUGUGCAGCAUAGCUAAUAUAAAACAAAAUUUCUGCCUGUCUCUCACUCUCUCUCUCUCAUGUCACUGUUUUUUCCACUUCAGAUAAAAUGUUUUAUCUAUCUUAGAAAAUACAUGAAGGGUUGAUCUUGCCUUCCAUGGGCACACUGAAAUCAAUGGGACUUUUGGAUGCCUAAGGAAGGCAGACAUAGUCUCUUAUACGGAUACCUUGAUAUUGAUUGAUUUAUCGUAGAGUAGAUUUUUGUUUAUGAGAGAUGUUAGAGAAAAGAUGUUGCCUGGUUUUAAAAAUAUGGUUUUAGCUAAAAUGAGAAAUGGGAUUAUAGGAUGCUUUUCAGAAAAUGAUGUUGGAUUAAGAAAGGAGGAGUGUAUUUAUACAUGAGCCUGCAGAGUUGAUAUGUUCAAAGAAAGUUUUAUGGAGGAACUGAAUUUAGAUAUAAAUUAAUUCUAAAUAGCAUUUUAACACUGAUUAGUAGGGCCCUACCAAAAUCACAGCUGUGAAAAAUGCAUCACAGACCUUGAAAUCUGGUCUUUUGUAUACUUUUAUCCUAUACUAUACAGAUUUCACAGGGGAGACUAGCAUUUCUCAAACUGGGUGUCCUGAGCCAAAAGGAGGUUUUGGGGGGUGUCACAAGGUUUUUGUAGGGGGUCACAGUAUUCCCACCUUUAGUUCUGUGCUGCCUUCAGGGUGGGGUGGCCAGAGAGCAGCAACUGCUGGCCAAAUGCCCAGCUCUGAAGGCAGCACCCCACCAGCAGCAGCACAGAAGUAAGGGUGGCAAUUCCAUACCAUGCCACCCUUAGUUCUGCACUGCUGCCUUCAGAGCUGGGCAGCCGGAGUGUGGCGGCUGAUGGCCGAGGGCUCUGCUCUGAAGGCAGAAGCACAGAAGUAAGGGUGACAAUACUGAGACCCCCUUACAAUAACCUUGCAACCCUCCUCACAGGCCUUUUUUGGGUCAGGAGCCCUACCGUUACCACACCGUGAAAUUUCAGAUUUAAAUAUCUGAAAUCAUUAAAUUUAUGAUUUUUAAAAUCCUAUGACCAUGAAAUUGACUAAAAUGGAGCGUGAAUUUGGUAGAGUCCUACUGAUUAGAAGUAAAACAAUCCAUACUGUUUCACUGAAAGGAGAGGGGAAAACAGGUAAAGUUACCCUUGUGAAUCGUUGUAACUCCCAGUGUCAGUUGCAAUAAAAAAUGCAGAAUGUGCAGCAGUAUGUGCAAGGAAAUUGCUUUCACUGCAUGCCAAAAGGAUAACAAAUGGUGUUCAUUGCUGUUAAAUGCUUUAGCACAGGGGUAAGCAACCUAUGGCACAUGUGCCGAAGGCAGCACGCGAGCUGAUUUUCAGUGGCACUCACGCUGCCCGGGUCCUGGCCAUCGGUCUGGGGGGCUCUGCAUUUUAA